UCGGAUGAGAAUGGGAAUCAAAUGAAGCUGCCCAUAAUUUCCUUCACCACUCCCUCUCUGUUCUUCUCUCUUCUCCGACUGUCAAUCAGAAGAACAAACAAAAAAUUUCUGCUACCGCUGUCAGAUCGAGAUUCGUUGUCCACAAUCCACUCACGAAUUCAUCUCUGUUAGGUUUCGUGUUCCGUUAUCUGUCAAUUUGGAGGAGGUUCAGCUGCUUGCUCUGCUGCUGUUUGAUUGCGAAUAGAUGACUAGGAGUUGGAAGAUUAGUUGAUGAUGUAAGUAGUUUGAGUUGAACUCCAACCAGCAUUCUGAAUCCAUUUGCCUUGUUCGUUAUUUUCUGGGAGUAUGGAUGAUGGCCGGCAACAUGAAAAUGGGAGGCACAAACUAGAUUAUUUCAGAGGAAGCCCGUCGCCAUGGAAUAUGGUACCCCAGCAUCACGUCAAGGAACCAAAUGCCUUGGUCAUGAACAAGAAGAUCAUGUCCAUUAUAGCAGAGAGAGAUGCUGCUAUUAGGGAGCGAAAUUUAGCACUAUCUGAGAAGAAUGAUGCAUUGGCUGCACGCGAUGAGGCUCUCCGGCAGCGAGAUGAGGCACUUGCACAGCGUGAUACUGCAUUGAUGGAAAGGGAUAAUGCCCUUGCAGCCCUUCAAAUUCGCGACAAUGCUUCUAACUUUCCUCUUGGCGGUGGGAUCCAGCAGAAAACAAAGCGAUUGCACCAUUUAUCUAAUCAUAUGCCGAACAUGGCUGAAACUCCCUAUGGUGCAAAAGACGUGCAAAUAACUGAUGCUUUUCCAAUUACAGUUAUAGCUUCUGAAGCUGUUAAGUCUCAACAGGGAAAGCGAACAAAGGAUAACAAGGUAGUUUCAUCAAAGACAUCAAGGCCGCCGAGGAAGAAAGUUGGUGAAGAUUUAAAUAGACAGGCUGCCACCGAUGGCACAAAGUACAGAACUGACUGGGAUGGUCAGGAUGUGGGUUUGAAUCUAGUUAGUUUCGAUGACUCUUCUAUGCCAGCACCAAUUUGCUCGUGUACUGGACUUCCAAGGCAGUGCUACAAAUGGGGCAAUGGCGGUUGGCAGUCGUCGUGUUGCACCACCCAUAUGUCCAUGUAUCCACUUCCACAUAUGCCUAAUAAACGCCAUGCCCGCAUGGGUGGGCGGAAAAUGAGCGGAAGUGUUUUUACAAAACUGCUCAGUCGGCUAGCAGCAGGAGGUCAUGAUCUGUCAAUACCAGUGGAUCUUAAGGACCACUGGGCAAGACAUGGGACUAAUCGCUACAUAACAAUCCGGUAGCUAGUUAAUAGCUUCAGCAGGAGUAGAACAUUUUUCAGAGGUCCUCGGGAUGGUCUCGAAUGCGGUCUCGUAUUUGAGUAGACAACUUGGCUCAACUGAAGUGAAUCUACAUGAGGUAGAGCUCAUCCCUUCCGUUGGCACAGGCUUUGUGAUUAGACGCCCAACCUGGAUGGACCACCCUAGAUUGGGGAUAUUUGUAAAGUACGGCGAUAAGAAUGCGGCAGUCUUUUGUGCAAAUUCCUUGGAGGCUGGCCGUGGGUUGCCGUCCUCAACUAUUUUCCAAAUGCUUAAUUCCCCCAUUAGAAUUUCAGAGCAAAGGAACUGUAGAAUCGAGAUUGGAUCGGUCUGAAAUGAUGUGAAUGAAGCCGGGUUUAUUUGAUUAUUUGAAUUCAAGGUACCUAUGCUAAUCUGUUAUAACCUUAGCAUUCAAAAACUUACUUUCAAGGAUCAAGCCUCGAGUCUCGAGAGGGCGAUUCGUUGCUGAAAUGGUGGUUGGAGAAACUUGUAGAAUAGAUCCUCCCUCCAACUCUUUUUGCACUUUGAAAUGGAGUAAGAAGCUUCAUUCAUUUUGCCUGGUGUUGUGUUUGUUUCCUUCUCUAUAUGUUUGUUCCAAUUGCCCCAUUUUUUCAGGUGGCCUUCCCAAAUCAUGGCAUCAACUUUUCUCCUUUCUCUGAAGCACAAAUUCAAACUGUCCACCAGCAGGCAGGGCCCCGAGCUCCCAUUUAAACAAUGGCGAGGAUUUGACGUUGUUUUGACUUAUAAGAUAAGGUUAUUAAUAUAUAAUUAAACUCAAGUUGACAUCCCCUCUGGGGUUAUUAGCAUGAUCGAGUUGUCACAUGACCAUCGUUUUCUUUUAGUACAACUAAUAUGGGGGUGGGAGAUUGGAGUUUCAAUUUCAAUAAAGGUAAUUUGUGCCUUA